AUGGUUCCUCCUGGUUCCACAAGAAGGCGAAACGAAAGUACUGGUGUAAAGGAAUCUAAUAAAUCUAUUGGUGACUUUGAAAUCGUCAAAACCCUUGGUCAUGGUAGCUUUGGUAAAGUUAAACUUGCUAGACAUAAGCUCACUCGACUUCAUGUGGCAAUGAAAUUCUUAUCCAAAAAGAAAAUUCUUACUCAAGAAAUGAGAGAUCGUGUUAAACGCGAGAUUGAAUAUUUAAGUUUUCUUCGACACCCGCAUAUCAUCAAGCUGUAUGAUGUUAUUCAAGAUAACACGGAUAUUGUGAUGGUGAUCGAAUAUCUCAAAGGCGAAUUGUUUGAUUACAUAGUUCAAGUCGGGAAGAUGCCAGAGCAAGACGCUCGUCGGUUUUUCCAGCAGAUCAUCUGCGCAGUUGAGUAUUGCCAUAUCCACAACAUCGUCCAUCGUGAUCUUAAGCCUGAAAACCUCCUACUCGAUCAUAAUCUCAAUGUCAAGAUUGCCGAUUUCGGACUUUCAAAUAUCAUGAGGGAUGGUGACUUCCUCAAGACUAGUUGCGGUAGCCCUAACUAUGCUGCACCCGAAGUGAUCAGUGGAAAGCUUUAUGCCGGACCAGAAAUCGACAUUUGGUCAUGCGGCGUGAUCUUGUUUGUGAUGCUUUGUGGACGGUUACCAUUCGAUGAUGAUCAUAUCCCCAUGUUAUUCAAGAAAAUCAAUAGUGGUUUAUAUUCUCUCCCUCCUCAUCUUUCACCUGGGGCUAGACAUUUGCUCAGCCGGAUGUUAGUAGUAGAUGUCAACAAACGUAUUACAAUUCCCGAGAUACGAAAGCUUGACUGGUUCAACGAGGACCUGCCCGAAUAUCUCAAGCGCGACAAUCGUCCCGCAAAUACAAGCCCCGAUGAAUCUCGCAAAAGCAGUGUAUCUGAAUCUGUAGAACCGGCACCUUCACCUUGCCAUGACUUCGAGGACUCGGCCUCUAGUGAUUCGAAUGAGAUACAUAUUCCUGGUCUCGGAAUUUUAGAUCCCAGACUUGCUCGUGAUUAUCGACGAAUGAAAGAAGGAACUACUCAUCUUGAUGAAUUUCCAUCUGAGUCAUCCGUUACUCGAUCAAGCUCAUUGAAAACCCGAAACCUUUCCUCAUCCACCGGCCAUGGAAAUGUAACCAACACUUCACCUGAAAUCCUCCUCAACCAGCCCUUGGAGGAACCUGAAAUAGUACCAUCAUUCAUCAGAGUCUUACCCCACACUUUGCCCAAUUUCGAAUCCACUUCCGAUCAGGCGGGAGGAUUGAGUAGACUUCGUCAGAGGACGAAAUGGCAUUUUGGGAUUCGAUCAAAAUCACCACCUAUGACAGUGAUGUUAGAAAUCUAUCGGACACUUCAAACUUUGGGGUUUGAAUUCAAACGUAAAGAAAACGACCUUCCACCGGAUCUGUAUUUUAUUGAGACUCGAUGCCGGCUCGACGAUGUAAUGGUUCGAAUGGAUCUACAAUUAUACCAAAUCGAAGUUAAUAAUUACUUAGUGGAUUUUCGAAAUCUAGGAUAUAAAUUGAUUCGACCAACAGAUCGGGGAGAUUCUGAUUCUCAACAGCAAUAUGAAUACUUACAAGAAGAAAGAAAAGGAGCUGCUUCUAGUCCAUUUCUUUUUUUAGAAUGUGCUUGUAGAUUGAUAGUCGAAUUAGCAGUUGGGCCACCUGAUUCAUGA